GUUCACGAUACUAAUUAGUUGCCAUCCCUUACCUGUCGUUACUGUUUCAGUUGGACAUUAAGAGCAACGCGGACGCGUACUUUUGGCUAAAGCUCAAAAUCCUUGAAUAGGCCCUUUGCGGCCGUCCCUUUGUUGCUGCAAUGGCUUACUUUCAGCAGCCGCAGCGGCCCAUCGCGGACGGCCAGUAUACUCAGACCAUUUAUACGCUUAUAAAGGACCAGAAGUUUUCAGAAGCAAUUGCACACUUACAGUACCAGCUUCAGAACAUCCCGGAGAGCCGUGCAGCACUAUCCUUGUUGGGAUACUGCUACUACUACACAGGGCAAUAUGAUCUGGCCUCGCAAAUGUACGAGCAGCUGGUCACCUUGUAUCCUAACAACGAGGACUACAAGCUGUACUACUCGCAAAGCUUGUACAAGGGCGGCAUGUAUCCCGAGGCCAGCAAGGCGGUCAUGAAGGUGGAGGGACACCAGAAGGCGGUCACCACUCUGCUGGUGGCAUGCUCAUAUGAGCAGGACGACCUGACGGGUUGCCGGCGGCAGCUGGACAAGUGCGUGCCUGAGGACCCGGACACCAUGGUCAACACCGGCUGCAUCCUGUUCAAGGAGGGCAAGUACGAGGUGGCGCGGCAGAAGUUCAAUGACGCGGUGCAGGCGCUGGGCUACCAGCCCGAGCUGCUGUACAACAUUGCGCUGUGCCACUACAAGACCAAGCAGUUCGGCCCCGCGCUCAAGAACCUGGCGGAGAUCAUUGAGAAGGCGGUACGGGAGCACCCGGAGCUCAGUGUGGGGAGCAACACGGACGGCAUGGAGGUGCGCAGCGUGGGCAACAGCCAGACGCUCAAGGAGACCGCCCUCAUCGAGGCCUUCAACCUCAAGGCCGCAAUCGAGUACACCAUGAAGAACGUGGACGCCGCAAAGGAGGCGCUCACCGACAUGCCGCCGCGUGCGGAGGAGGAGCUGGACCCCGUCACGCUGCACAACAGCGCGCUCAUCAACAUGGACAGCGACCCAACGGGUGGCUUCAAGAAGCUCAAUUUCCUGCUGCAGAGCCCGCCCUUCCCGCCCGAGACGUUUGCGAACUUGCUGUUGUUGUACUGCAAACCCACGCAUGGGUUCUACGACCUGGCUGCGGAUGUGCUGGCGGAGAACCCGCAGUACGCGUCCAAGCUGUUGUCGCAGGACCUGUACGACUACCUGCAAGCCGCCAUCGGUCGCUACAAGUCGCCCGAGGAGGCGUUCCGGCGCUUCGACGAGCUGGCGCACCGCCACGUGGAGCAGCUGAGGAGGCUCACAAAGCAAAUACAGGACGCCCGCAUCGCGCGCGACAACGACGCCAUCAAGCGCGCCAUCAACGAGUACGAUGAGGCGCUGGAGGCGUACAUCCCCGGCCUCAUGGCCAUGGCCUCCAUCUACUGGGACAUGGAGCUGUACAGCAACGUGGAGAAGAUCUUCAGGCAGUCCGCCGAGUUCUGCUCGGAGCACGAGGUGUGGAAGCUCAAUGUGGCGCAUACCUUCUUCAUGCAGGACAACCACUACAAGGAGGCGAUCCGCUACUACGAGCCGGUGGUGAAGAAGAACGCGGACAACCUGCUGGGGGUGACCGCCAUCGUGCUCGCCAACCUGUGCGUGUCGUACAUCAUGACGAGCCAGAACGAGGAGGCUGAGGAGCUGAUGCGCAAGGUGGAGAAGGAGGAGGAGCGGUCCGCCCUGCAGGACCCCGACAAGGCGUGCUUCCACCUGUGCAUCAUCAACCUGGUGAUCGGCACCCUCUACUGCGCCAAGGGCAACUACGAGUUCGGCGUGUCGCGCAUCAUCAAGUCGCUGGAGCCGUACGACAAGAAACUGGAAACCGACACAUGGUACUACGCCAAGCGCUGCUUCCUGUCGCUCAUCGAGAACCUGGCCAAGCACAUGAUUGUGCUCAAGGACAGCAGCUUCACGGAGAUCAUGGCCUUCCUGCACGAGGCGGAGAAGUACGGCAAGGACAUCCGCGUGGUGUUCAAUGAGGGCAAGCACCAGAGCCGCACAAUCGCCUCGGAGGCGCGCAUGCUCAAGAAGAUGUUCCUCAAGCUGCGGGAUUGAGCGUGGGGGUGAGCGUGGGGGUGAGAGGGGUUGAGGAGGAGAAGGAAGGGGCGGGAUGGGGUGGGGUAAUGUGGGGUGGUGGAUGGCGUGCGUGGGUGCGUGCGUGCACAUGCUGUGUGGGGUGGUAGGAGGGUUUAAAGAGGGGCAUGUGAACUUGGCGGGGAGCAAGCGUGCAAGCGUCCUGAGAGGUGUGCGAGAGGAGUGAGGGCUGGGGCUGCUGCUGGCAGCAGCAUGACGGCCGGCCGCAUGUUGUGACUACGAGAUACGGACUCGGCUCUCCUUGACAUGCAUGACAGUGCAAGGGACGUAGUGCGGCCGUUGCCUGGGACUGUGCUUAGGGCUGCGGGCGAGAUCCGGCGUUUACAGUUCUUGAUGGCGUGAGGGUACCUUCUGCUAUAGGUACCAUCCAUUUAAGGAAAAGCGGUGGGUGGUGUUGUGUGCCAUGGGAGGUUUGGCCUGCUGAAAGAUGCAGCAGUGGUGGCGGACGGAUCCUGCCGGCGAUGGCCUGCGGUGUGACAACCAGGAGGAAAUGAACGAGGCCCAAUAUUAGAUAGAUGGCAUGGGGUCCCCCUGUGAUUCAAGCAAUGAACUCUUUCUCUGGAGUACCACAAUGGCGACCUUGUAUUGGCGCGUGCGCUCGUGGGAUUUGGUGACUCGACUGGACACACGGGGGUUGCGACACAGGGACACGGAUAGGCGCUACAACGCAGGUGUACAUAGCAGCGUGUAUAAUGAGACUUUUGAAGGCAAGGAGGCGGCGGCAGGGAAUGCUGUGAGCCAGUGUUAAUGACGGCACGGCACUUAUGCCAUACGCCGUGAGGAGGCCCGUAAGGGGCUGUAAUCCUUGCUUACGUGCGAGGAACAUGCUGGCAACGACAGAAGAGGACUGAGUGGCUUGGCUGUUAGGCUGGGCACGCUUUGUAAGUCGAGAUGUAAGGGAGAUGCAAGCGAUUGUCCGGAAAGGCCCCGUCAGUGCUCCUGCGUGCACGUAC